AAACGCUCUCUAGGGCUUCUCCUGGCUCCUCUCUCUCUCUCGGAGAAAAACCUUUCCGUCUCCCUCUCUCCCUCUCUCCGUCGAUCUUCAUCAGAAUUCAAAUUGGUUCCAGAGUUCAUCAUUCAGGGUUUCAAUCCAAUCCGGGCAAAAUAUGCCGCCACAGACCAAACCGAGCAAAAGCGCGCACGGCGCCCACGACUCGCGAACCCCCUCGAACAACCUAUGGGUCGGAAACCUGUCGGCCGAGGUAACCGACUCCGAUCUGAUGGAUUUGUUCUCCAAAUACGGCGCCGUUGAUAGCAUAACGUCUUACCCUUCCAGAAGCUACGCUUUUGUCUACUUCAAGCGCGUGGAGGACGCCCGGGCGGCGCUCGAGACCCUCAACUGGACGUACCUGCGCGGGAAUUCGUUGAAGAUAGAGUUCGCGAAACCGGCUAAACCAUGCAAAAGUUUGUGGGUGAGUGGAAUCAGCCUAUCAGUCACAAAAGAAGCACUAGAAGCAGAAUUUCUCAAAUUCGGUGAAAUUGAGGAGUUCAAGUUCCUUAGGGAUCGUAAUACUGCAUAUGUUGACUACUUUCGAUUGGAAGAUGCUUCUCAAGCAUUGAAAGUCAUGAAUGGGAAGCAAAUAGGUGGGGACCAGAUACGUGUUGAUUUCCUCAGGUCUCAGACUAUAAGAAGAGAACACGGGUCUGAUUACCGUGAUGCAAGAGAGGGACAGUUCCUUAGCCGGGACAUCGGACCUCCUGAUUCCUCAUGGAUGCCGCAAGAGGGGAUUCCAAACUAUUCCGAGUCCCCUCAUUCUGGGUUCAAACGACAACAGCAUGCUCAAUCUUUUGGAGGCCGAAAAGGCGAUGGACAACCAAGCAAUGUAUUGUGGAUAGGUUACCCUCCUACAGUUCACGUUGAUGAGCAAAUGUUGCAUAACGCUUUCAUUCUAUUUGGCGAGAUUGAGAGUAUAAAAAGUUUUCCCGACCGGCACUACUCUUUUGUUGAAUUCAGAAGUGUUGAUGAGGCACGUCGUGCCAAAGAAGGCCUGCAGGGCCGACUUUUCAAUGAUUCCAGGAUAUCAAUUAUGUAUUCAAGCAGUGAAAUAGCUCGUAGCAAGGAUUACCCUGGAUUUUAUCCAGGCGUUAAAGGGCCACGGCCAGAUGCAUUUUUUACCGAACCACCUUUUCAACCUGCACAUGUCGAUAUGCUUGAUCAUAACAUACCUAUGUUACCAAAUGCUCUUUCUCGACCUGCAACAUCUAGGGGUAUUCUUGGACCUAAUAGGGGGAUGCGGCCUCUUGGCCCACAAGGUAGCUUUGAGCCUCUGCUAUCAGCCCCAGAUUUCAACGAUUCGACGGUGCCACAUAAAUUUCCAGAUGCUAUUCCCGGCAAUACGAUGGGUGGUCCAAAUUGGAAAAGAUCAGCCCCCAUUCCUGGGAUGCUCCUAUCACCUUCACAGGGGGCAAAAGGACCGAUCAGACCUGUGUCUGGAACUUGGGAUGUGUUUGAUGCAAAUCAGUUUCAGAGAGAAUCUAAGCGGUCAAGAAUCGAUAAUGUGCCUGUUUAUGAUACUCCUUUUCCUUCCAAGAAAAUGGAUGAUCGUGACUGGGGGUUGGACAGAAUGUAUGGUCUUGGUCCAGAAGUUGAUGGGGGUGCUUCAGGUCCUGUUCAAGAGAAAAAGCACUUCAGUCCAGCAGAGGUAAGGAUGAUAAAUCGGGGAACUGGUCAGGGCCAUCUGGAUCAUGAUUACAUGUGGCGUGGUGUUAUUGCCAAGGGCGGAACAUCUGUUUGUAAUGCUCGUUGUGUCGCUGUUGGGAGAGGCAUAGAGUCUGAAAUUCCUGAGGUGGUUAAUUGCUCAGCCAGAACUGGCCUUGACAUGUUAACCAAGCACUAUGCCGAAGCGACUGGAUGUAGUGUUGUCUUCUUUCUACCUGACAGUGAGGAGGAUUUUGCUCCAUACACUGACUUUCUGCGUUAUUUAGGGGGGAAAGACCGGGCUGGGGUGGCCAAAUUCGAUGAUGGGACCACCUUAUUUUUGGUGCCUCCAUCAGAUUUCCUCUCCAAGGUGCUACAGAUUUCAGGCCCUCCACGUCUUUAUGGCGUGGUUCUGAAAUUCCCCCAAAAUGGCCAUAGUAGCCCAUCCGUGCAGCCACAGUUCUUCCAAUCUCAGUACCCUGAUGUACAACAGAUUCCUCCUCAAAAUGCGUACACUGGAAUGCAUCAACAGGUGGAAAAUGCUAUGCAUAUGGACUAUAAUAGGGUUUUACAUGGAGAAUCAUUGCCUACCACAAAGCAGCUUGGUCCGUCAACUAAGGACCCCGUUCCCAUGCAUCCAGUGCCAUCAGUAAAUGCCACAGCAGUAUCCCAAGCUGGAGUUACUUUAACUCCUGAGCUUAUAGCCACACUAGCCUCAUUAAUACCUAGCAGUGCGAAAUCUUCUGAUCCAGAAACUGCCCAACCAUCAUUAGGACCAUCCUCCGUGAGGCCUGAAUUAGGUAUUGCAACUCUGCCACAGGGCUGGACGCCUGAUCGCCAAGGUUAUGAGCAGAUUGGGCAUUCGCUGCAGCAAGUGGAGAAUCAAUAUAAUUCCACCAGACAACAAUUCGCUCAGCCUCAGACUUACUCAACCGGGGUAAACACAUCAAGCGAUUCACAAUUGGGGGCAACUGGCAACUCCCAAGUCCAAGAUCCUGCAUUUCACCUGCCACAACAAGGUGCAGGUUCUUCUAGGCCGUUGAAUAACUAUGGAAUGCCUUCACAAAGUGGACAGCUGGCAGUUCCCCCCCAGGUUGACCGGCAUUAUCAGUAUGAAGUUCAUCAGAAUACGCAAAAGGGCUUUGGGAUGGCACAUGGAACGGAUUCUGCUGUUUUGUAUGGUUCAUCUGCCUAUAAUGAACCUGCAAACUCUGUUGCAUUGUCUAACAAUCAGGUUCAUGGGAGUAGUGCCACUCAGGCCCACACUGCUAUGCCAUUGGGUUUUGAUAACGGGAAUCCUCAGCUCCCGAAUCAGGUUCAGCAGCUUCAGUCUGCCAUUAAUGGAGGUAGUCAGGUAACACUGGAGGCUGAGGUUGAUAAGAGCCAGCGGUACCAGUCAACACUACAGUUUGCAGCUAACCUCCUCAUGCAGAUACAGCAGCAGCAGCAGCAACAGACAAACACUCAAGCAGGGCAAGGAUCUGCUAAUCAAUGACGAGACUUCGGCCAACUAGGUAAUCACUUAAUCCAUGACUGGUUUUCUUUCUUAUGUUUCUGCUAACAUGUUGUUUCAUGAUAAAAACUAUUUGUUGUAUUGUGCCCUCCUCUAGAUAUACCUUGAUUAGGUUCUUUUGGGGAUGAAAAGGCGGAUUUCUGUGAGGUGAGUUCAUCACUUGAUAGAAGAAUGAAUCGAUGACGCUUAGGGUGUUAACGACCUUGCGUUUAGAAAACUUCAAAUGAGUUGGUGAGUAAGGUGCACCUGUGGAUACAUCAACUCCUUUUGAGAACAUUAGCCCAAAGGGCUGGGAAACUGGCACGUGGUUUUUCUCAAGUUUUCUGGUGCUAGGUGGUGAGGAGAGAAUAAAUGACCUCUUGGGUUUUAUUAUGGGGGUUUGGAGCAUUAGGUUAUAUUGCUUGUGUACGAGAGUCAAAGAUUGGUUGACAGAAGUUGAAGAGUGCUUAUUGGGAGUGGAAAAUGAUUAAUUGUUGGUUGCACAUGUUUUGGAUUGUGAACCUUCUAGAAGAAUAAGGAUCAAGAGGCCGCUAGGAGAAUUAAGUGUAGGAGUUUGUUUAUUAGGUUUAUAAAACAACUGGCACUGGACUUUUGGUUGUACGAAAGGAAAAAUGGACGCCAAGCCUUCACCACGAAAUACUGCUACCCAGAUAACUAGAUCUACUUGCUUCGGAAGUCUUAUCAACCAUUUAGUUAGGGAAUACAGCCAAUAACUCUAGGAAGCCUUAAUAACAUUUGGGGAGGUGUGCUACAACUACAAGUAUUAUGUUAGUUUCUGGUGGAAAUUGGGUGCUAUGUUGAAAUCUGGGGUAUUUUUUGCUUUCACAAGAUGUGGGCUAACAAUAUUUUGUAUGGGAGCACAUUCAGGGAUGAUGGGAAAUUUUCCAUGCAGUUGCAUGUUGUUGACGGUACAGUGUAGCAGGGGUAAUAUGGAUGGAAAAGCGCCGUUGUCGGUCCUUUUGUUAUUUAUGCUAUUGUGGUUUGGUGUGGUGAUGUGGCAGUACUCUAGUGGCCUGCAUAAAGGAUGUUGUCUUGGUGGAUUGGUUGUAAAUGCUGUUAUUGAAUAGUAAGGCCAUAUGGUUAAUGUUUGGAUGGCCUGUCUGGUGUCGAGUAAUCAGCGUAUGAUGCUUCUUUUUGGUGCAACCUCAAAAAUUUGACAUUAAUUCUAGUGGCCUAUCUGAGGUAAGGAAUCGCGGCACGAGGGAAUGAUUGGUGUUUAGAAAGUGAACAGUGUGUGAAAUUGCCUAAUAGCGGCAUUUAUUGUUGAUAUUCAGGUGAAGUUUUCGGCUGAGCAGCUAUUCGCCAGCAUGUUUGUGACUAGGCUUUAGGAAGAAAAUUUAUCCCCCAUAACGAAGAAGACUUCAGAUGUAAGAGAGCAGAGUUCAUCAGUUGUGGUCUCUUAUCACCCUUUUUCUGGGUUACAAUUUAUUUACAUGCUACCUAGGUUUAUUUUGGGUGCCUUGUAAACCUAGCUAUAUCCAUUGUCAAUAAUGCCUUGGCUUGGCGUUAUAGUAUGCCAAUAUAGUAUCAAGGUCCUCCUAUCGGAUGGCAAAUGCCCCUCAGAAUCUUGCUCUGGCGCCCUGAAGUCAGACUCUGCUAGGAACCUCGUUCCCACAGGGAAAAGAGCCAGCUCCCGACUAGGACAUAACCUCUCAAGUAUUAAAAAAACAAACAAAAAAUAAGAGACCAAGCUAGCGAAAAUAUGAAGUAAUGAUAAGAUACUAGAAAAUGAUAACUUAAAUCUGCUAGGAACCUCGCUCCCACAGAGAAAAGAGUCGGCUCCAGACUAGGACAGAACCUCUCAAUUAUUAAAAAAACAAACAAAAAAUAAGAGACCAAGCAAGCGAAAAUAUGAAGUAAUGAUGAGAUACUAGAAAAUACUUACUUAAAUUUGCUCAAGUACUUGGUUUAAACGUAAUAUUUGAUUAAAGCAAUAUUACGAUGUACUAAUAUCUUUUACCUGAACAUGCAUGCUGUAGGGAUGUUGAUCCUCAUGUUUGCUUAUUAGCUUCUGAUAUGCUUUCUUACAGUUACUAGCUUUGUCUGUCAUUUAUGUGAUAAUUGUAUAGCUCGCAUGUUUAUGAACUGUGAAAUUAUUCUAUCUCUCAUCCAUUUAUAUAGCCUAGAAUAAGGUUUCAGUUAGCUUUCUUGGCCUUUUCAUGUUGUAAUUCUGAAUUGUAUUUUUUUUUUUAACAAAUUUUAUAAGCUUACCUCAUAUGUUGGGAUUUGGGAUGGUUUUACUGCA